CUGUCCCCCUCGGCCCCGCUCGCCACCCCUCUUGAUGAAGAAUCGAUGUGGCAAAUGAGUUUGAGAGUAGGAGAAACCAUAGAUCCCGGACCUUAUCCAGAGCGUCCAGGAGAGGCAGACUGUGCUUAUUAUCUCAGGACUGGCCUUUGUAGAUUUGGUAUUACUUGCAGAUUUAAUCAUCCCCCCAACAGGAAGCUGGCAGUGGCAAGGAUGAAGGGAGGGUAUCCUGAAAGAGUAGGGCAACCAGAAUGCCAGUACUAUCUAAAGACUGGAACAUGCAAAUUUGGACCUACGUGCAAGUUUCAUCACCCCAAAGAUAAGGCUGGAAUCACAGGAAGAGUUCAACUGAAUGUUCUAGGCUAUCCCCUUCGCCCUAAUGAGAAGGAAUGUGCAUAUUAUUUAAGAACUGGGCAGUGCAAGUUCAGCAACACCUGUAAAUUUCACCAUCCUCAGCCAUCUAAUGCAAUGCUUUCCUUGCGCGGUUCUCCAGUUUAUCCUUCCGUACAGUCGCCAACAGCUGGUCAGCAGUCCUUGACUGGGGCUCUAACAAAUUGGUCCUUGUCUAAAGCUUCAUUUAUAAGUCCUCGUUGGCAAGGAUCUUCAAGCUACGCACAACUCAUUCUUCCUCAAGGAUUGGUUCAAGUUCCGAGCUGGAGCUCUUUUCCUGGACAAUUUGGAUCUGCUUCAUCUACUGAGAACCAGCAACAAAAUUCUGGGGCUGCUCAGUUCUUUGGAGCAUCACACCAAACUGAAACAAGCACAGUUUCUUCUCCAUCAUUUUCUUCUUUCAGAUUUGGUUCGGUUCCUAUGGGGCAGUAUGCGUUGCAGAGGGAUAACAUAUUUCCCGAGAGACCCGGCGAACCUGAAUGCCAAUUCUAUAUGAAAACAGGGGAUUGUAAAUUUGGCGCAGUUUGCAGGUUUCAUCAUCCCCGGGAAAGACUAAUUCCGGCUCCCAACUGUGUGCUGAGCCCGUUGGGCCUUCCGUUACGCCCGGGUGAACCUUUAUGCGUUUUUUAUUCUCGUUAUGGUAUUUGCAAGUUUGGCCCAAAUUGCAAAUUUAACCACCCAAUGGCUGCCCCAAUGGGCAUUCUUGCUUAUAAUCUUUCAGCCUCAUCAUCACCUGAUGUCCCAGUUGUUCGUAGACUAUUGGGCUCGUCGUCCGCGAUUCCUCCAUUAACCUUUUCAUCGGACGGAUCUCUCGAAACCAGCCAUGGUAAAUCUCGACACCUCGCAUUGUCUGAUUCGCAGCAAAUGGAUUCCGGCGACGAAAAUGUUGAAUCGGAUUGAUGUCAACACAUGCCAGGUUUGGCUUCUACCUCUGAAAUCUUUGGCUGGAUUAAUGAAAUCUUCAGGCAUUUUCUGUGAGAGGCACAGAAGAAAUUCAUGCCUAUCCUCUUUUCUGCUUAAUGAAUAAGAUCAUUGAAGGUUGAUCUCAGUUCAAUCUCUGCUGUUUAUGUGAUUAUUAUUAUUAUUAAUUUUUUUG